CAUCAUUUUACUUAUUAUUAGAUAGGAAAAUUGGGUUUGGGCUGUUCGUGGCCGACGACGAAAAGGAAACAAAACAAGUUAGGCCAUGGGAAGGUCAAAGGGAAAACGUAGUAAUACACGAGAUCUAUUCUCCAAACCUUUUAGAAAACAUGGAGCACCACUGGCUGCUACAUACCUAACCAACUAUCGAUUAGGUGACUAUGUGGACGUCAAGGUCGAUUCUGCCAUACAAAAGGGUAUGCCGCACAAGUUUUAUGUGGGGAAAACCGGAAAGGUUUUUGAUAUCUCCAGAAAUUCGGUUGGUGUGAUCAUAAACAAAGUCGUGGGAAACAGAAAGAUUGCAAAGAAGAUUCACGUUCGUCGCGAGCAUGUCUUUAAAAGUAGAUGUCAAGAAGAAUUCAAAGAAAGAGUUCGUAGAAUCACUAAAGCAAAGAUGGAAGCCAAAGCAAGAGGAGAAAAACUUAGUGGUCCUUUGAAACGACAACCAAAAGGUCCAGCAGAGGCUCACUUUGUCGACGCGAAGGUGACGGAAUUAGUGGAACCGCCACCGUAUGAGUUUGUAGUCUAAGUAAAUCUUUCGAAAUUGCCAUAAAAUAUAUUCUUCUGAGGCAGGAAGAUACAAA